AAUACAACGAUGGAUGCGAAGUUUUACAGUCAGGAUUUGGACAAGUAUUUCUGGUACGAUUCUUGCUAUGAGUACGACAGUGACAACAAAUGCACGACGGGAUACCUUGAUCUUCUCGUUAGCAAAACUAGAUACUCUGAUUCUGAUGAUAGUGAACUUGACCUACAAGGACUUCCCUGGCAUAUUAUUGCUUCAGACCUGAAAUAUCAUUUCAACAUGGAUAUGUCGGAUGACAGAAUGAAGUUUUCCUGGAAAGGUCCAGAAUGUGGAUUUGAUGGCAAAUUGAUCGAAACCAGCGGUACAGGAUCGGACAGGCAGAACAUCUUAGCUUUGUUAAUUGCCUUCUCCUUAUACUCGCUGUUAUUUUAGAAUAAUGUUAAAGAUCCUGUAACUCAUUUUUUAUGUUUUUAUAUCAUAAAUAUAAUGCUCAAAUGAAGAUUUAUUAAUGUUGUAAGUUCCAAAACGCAUAAUUUGUAAAAAUAUUAGCGAAUUGACGUUUCAUAUUAAUAAAGAAAGUCUAAGUCAAAUUCUUAGAUAAGAAAUGAAUGCAUAUUUUAAAUGAUUACAUGUAAUGUGUUAAAAAAUAUCUGCAGUACAUAUUUAGCAAAUUCUUCGAUGUUUGAUAAUUGUUUUAGAAGCAUAAUUAUAUACAUAUAUAAAAUUUCACUUGAGUGUUGAAACAACCUUAAAUACAACAUACAGGAUCUUUAAAGUAUCUUACUUACAAAAUAAAGAAAAUAAAAAGUACUAUAAAAAGGGUAGUAUAAAGCCUUGUCUUAUAAUAUCUUAUAAAAUAUUGCAUUUUUAUAGGAUAAUAAAGACAGUAUAAAAUAUGUUAUUUCAAUACUCGCAAAUAUCUAUAUCAUUUGUAUAUACACAUAAAUAUUGUAUGUAAACAGAAUACAAUUUCACGGAACAAAACAUUAAAAUUUUAUUUGAAGGAUUUUGAAACGAUUAAAUUGAUUUGUCAUUCACUAAAAAAGUACAUAAGCAUUUUUUUUCAUAAUGGUAUUUAUGGAUUUCUUUGAUUUUUUUUUUAAUUCAAACAAUAGCCUUGUAAACUUAUAUCGGCAAGUAGUAUAGUUUUAUAAAUUGUAAAACUUCAACCUUCAAACGUCCCCGUAUUUUUAUUAUUAU